AUGAAUGAAGUACAACAACAAUUUUGUAAAGGAGAAGAUUGUAAUAAGCCAGCAAAAUUACAAUGCCCUACAUGUUUAAAAGCUAAAAUUUCAGGUUCUUAUUUUUGUUCACAAGACUGUUUCAAGAAAAACUGGUCUACACAUAAAUCGAUACACCAAACAAUACCUAAAGGCAUUUCUAUAUCUGAACAAUCUAGCCGUAACACGGCAACGAUAGCGGUAUUAAAUAAUGAAGAAAUAGAAGCAAUGAGAAUUCUUGCUCGUGAAGUAUUGGAUAUUGGGGCAGCAGCAGUAAGGCCUGGAAUUACAACUGAUGAAAUAGAUAGGAUUAUUCAUGAAGCAACUAUUGAACGUAACUCUUAUCCAUCACCCUUAAAUUAUUAUGAAUUUCCAAAAUCUGUUUGCACAUCAGUUAAUGAAGUUAUUUGUCAUGGUAUCCCUGAUCAAAGAGAACUUGAAGAUGGUGAUAUUGUAAAUUUGGAUGUGUCAUUAUAUUAUAAUGGAUUUCAUGCCGAUUUAAACGAAACCUAUCCUGUUGGAACUAUUGAUCAAGAAAGCCAAAAACUUAUUAAAACUGCCAGAGAGUGUUUAUACAAAGCAAUUGAAUGCGUGAAACCUAAUUUUCCAUAUCGUGACCUUGGAGCUGUAAUAGAAAAAACCGCCAAAGCAAAUAAUUGCUCAGUAGUUAAGACUUAUAGUGGUCAUGGCAUUCACAGAUUAUUCCAUUGUGCGCCCAGCGUUCCACAUUAUACAAAAAAUAAGGCUGUUGGUAAAAUGAAACCUGGUCAUGUUUUCACUAUUGAACCAAUGAUAAAUUUGGGAACAUUUAGAGAUCAUCAUUGGAAUGAUAAAUGGACAGCAGUCACAGAAGAUGGCAAACGUAGCGCACAAUUUGAACAUACUUUGUUAGUAACAGAAACUGGAGUGGAAAUAUUGACUGCUGGUAAAAAUGAAAUGCUGUAA